CUUGUGUGUCCUGGGAAGGGGUGCCUCCUUGCCCCCCCUUCACCUGCCUGUCCUCCUCCCCUCGGACUUCUGGUUCCUCAUCAGGCUCAGCAUCAGCUUCUGCCCCAUGCAGGGUCUCGCACGCCAGGGAAGGAGGGCAGGGUUUGUGCAGCUGCCACACACGUCUCCGGGGCCCUGGCUUUACCCGGCGUGUAUGUUGGACAGGGUGGAAUGCACGCGGUGACCUGUCAGGGCCCUUCAGUCUGCGCAGGUCAAACAUGUUUCACCUACUGAGACUGAGCACUUGGCAGGCGGGGUCAGCUAGGGGCCGGCUGGCAGGGCUGGGCAGCUCCGGACCCAGAGACCUGCAGUGCCAGUGGCAAGGUGCCCUGUUAUCUAGGGUCCAGAUGGUGCCCCAUUAUCUGGGGCCCCGCAUGGCACCCCGUUGUCAGUCGUCACUUGGUCCCUUUGGGUUAGACCCUUUGAAUAAGGGAAGAGCGUCUUUCUCCACCACCCUAACUUGUCACCAGCUGGAUGGAGUCUUGAGCACCGUCUGCAGCAGUGGAGGGUGUCCAGUUUCAGAGAGAGGGCAGCCGAGGCCAAGACCUCCAUGGGCAAAGGAGAGCCAGUGAAGAGGUCACGUGGCAGGGGCCAGAACCAUGCACGGGGGCACCCAGAAGGCAAGGUGCCACCCUGACUCCCUGCCAGCAUUCCCCUGAGUGCUGGUAGCUCUUCUUGGCAGUGGUGGCUCCCCAAGCUUAAGGGUAGUGCUGGAGGGGCAGGUGCGGCAGGGCCCGGGGAGCCUCCCCCGCCAGAGCUCAGCCUGCAGCACUGGCCACAGAACAGCCACCAGCCCGGCGCAGCGUGGCCAGCUCUUCUUGAGCUGGGACCACCUGCAGAGACAGACCAGAAGGUGGCAGGAGACUCGGAGGAAGCUGUGGAAAGAGGCAGAGGAAAAUGCAAAAAGCGAGGGGAUGGCUUGAAGAUGGAGAACGAUCCCCAGGAGGUAGAGUCUGAGAUGGCCCUGGACGCCGAGUUCCUGGACGUGUACAAGAGCUGUAACGGGGUGGUCAUGAUGUUCGACAUCACCAAGCAGUGGACCUUCAACUACAUCAUGCGGGAGCUGCCCAAGGUGCCGACCCACGUGCCAGUAUGUGUGCUGGGCAACUGCCGCGACAUGGGUGAGCACCGGGUGGUCCUGCCGGAUGAUGUGCGCCAUUUCAUUGACAGCCUGCACAGGCCCCCCGGCUCCUCCUACUUCCGCUAUGCUGAGUCCUCCAUGAAGAACGGCUUCGGCCUGAAGUACCUGCAUAAGUUCCUCAACGUCCCGUUUCUGCAGCUCCAGAGAGAGACUUUGCUGCGGCAGCUGGAGACCAACCAGCUGGACAUCGACGCCACGUUGGAGGAGCUGUUGGUGCAGCAGGAGACCGAGGACCAGAACUACGACAUCUUUCUCGAGGUGAUGGAGGCACGCAGCCGUGGCCACGCAACCCCAAUGGCGACCAAUGGGCAGAGCCCGUCCUCGGGGUCCCAGUCUCCAGUGGUGCCUCCAAGCACCAUGUCCACAGGGAGCUCCAGCCCCAGCACACCGCAGCUGGCCCUGCAGCCGCCCCUCCAUGUCCCCUCGGCCUGCCCAUCCCCCCUGUCCCCCACGGAGGCCCCCGCCCCGCCUCCACGGCGCAGUAUCAUCUCCAGGCUGUUCGGGACCUCACCAGCUGCCGAGGUGGCCCCAGUGCCUCCAGAGCCAGCCCCAGCUGCAGGAGCCCCAGGAAAAGUCCAGAAUGUGGAGGAUUUUGUUCCUGAAGACAGUCUUGACCACAGCUUCCUGGAUGACCCAGCCUCCACGAAGGAUGAGAAGAAAGUUGCAGCCAGGGUCCAACAAGACAGUGACAGCGAUGGAGAAGCUCUGGGAGGGAACCCAAUGGUGGCAGGUGUCCAGGAGGACGUGGACCUGGAAGAUAAGCCACCCAGCAGGUUCCUGCUGCCCACAGGCCUUGUCCCAAGGGAAACCACUCUUUCCAGUGUGGAGGAAGCAGAUGAGGUGACAGGGCACCCCAGGGCCACUGUCCUGGCCCCCCAGAAGUGUGCUGAGCCAGAGACCAAACUGUCCUCCACGAAGGCCUCGAGGCCACACAGGGGCAUAGGUCCCAGGGCUGAGGGCUCCCCCCAUGGGCAUGAGGACAGGAAAGACAAGCAGGCAGCAUCCUCAGAGAGUGACCCCGAGGGGCCCAUCGCCACCCAGAUGCUCUCCUUCGUCAUGGACGACCCUGACUUCGAGAGCGACUCAGACACUCAGCGGAGAGUGGAUGAGUUCCCAGUACGAGAGGACCUCUCAGAUGACACAGAUGAGGACGCCAGCCCUGCCCGGCCACCCCCACUCGCCAAGCCCCCCAUUCCCUCCUUCAGAGUGAAGGGUGAGGAUCUCUUUGGUCUGGGGCUGGAGGAGACAGGCCGCCAGGAGAGCUACAAUGCAGGUCUGGAGGGCAAGCCUGCCUCGAAGGAGAAGAAGAAGAAGAAGGGCAGAGAGGAGGAGGUAAAGGCCGCGAAGAAGAGGAGCAAGCAUAAGAGGAGCCGGGCCCGGGACGAGGGCCGGGGCCGGGACGAGCAGCACCGCCGGCGGCCCCGCGCGGGCAGGACGGCGGCGGACGGGCUGGAGGCCUUCCUGGGGGGCGGGGCCCCGGGCGGCCACCUCGGCGGGGGCGGGGGCUACGAGGAGCUCUAGGGCGCUCGCCGGAGGGGCGGCGGCGGGCAGCCGCCCCAGCGCUUCUCAGGGAUGGGCCGAGGCCGCGAGGCCGCCUACUGGAGCGGGCGCCACCUUCGUCACCGCCGGCUCCUGCUUGCCGGGCAGCCGCACUUGCUUCCCGCCGCGGCACAGCAUCUGGGCCCAGGUGUGCAGACGCUAGGCAGCGCCAGAGCUCGCCCCGGGCACGGGACUCCGCUCCUGCUGCUGCACUCCGGCCUUGGCCAGCCAGGACCGGGAGGUCCCCAGACCCUGAUCCCUUCCCUUCACUCUAGACACCCGCGCGACCAUAAAGCUCUCCUGUUUCA